UUUGACCGUGUUCUCUCAUAUGUUGAAACAACCAUCCUAUUAACCAGGACAAAGUAUAAUUAAUAGGAUCCCUAUAACUGCUUAAUUAAAAUCACAUCCAAGUUUUGUUAUUCAGUCGUUAUUCCCCUUCAUAUCCAUAUCCUAACUUUCCUGCUCAGAAAGGUAACUUUCCAGAGGUCCUAGCUUGCUCUAAUACAAACAGUUUCAGAAGCUGCGAUGGAUUCAAUGAGAGGACAAGGAGGCAUUCAGAUGCUACUCACUGCUGAACAGGAAGCCCAACAAAUUGUUUAUGCUGCUAGAAAUGUUAAAAUGACAAGGUUGAGGCAAGCAAAAGAAGAAGCUGAGAUGGAAGUGACAAAUUAUCGUUCCCAUCUGGAAGCUGAGUACAAACAGAGACUAUCUGAGACCAGUGGAAGUUCCGACUCAACCGAAAAGAGGCUUGAGAUAGAAACUGAGCAAAAGAUUCGGCAACUGAAGAAAGCAGGCUCCGAAGUAUCUCCUGAUGUUAUUGCAAUACUCAUGAAAUACAUUUCAACUAUUAAAACUUAGAUUCAUGAAGGUACUAAAUAAUAGAGAAAAUGACAAAAAUGGUCCUUUAUAUUUAAGGAUAGGUUCACAAUAAUCUCUUAACUAUGCAUUGAACAGUUUUGGUCCUUAAGUCUAUCAAAUAUUUAUUGAACUGUCUAUUAGAUUUGACAGAAAUUAUAUAAUAUUUAGAGGUACACUUUUUUUUGUCUAUGUUGUUUUUGAUUUAUUUUUACGUGUAGUUUCAGUUAUUUUUAUAUCUUUUUAGUAUCUAGUGUAGUUUUUUUUUUGUUGCAUAUUUUAGGAUUUGUGGGACUUUUUUGAUAUUUAUGGUUAAAUUUUUCUUUUUCAACGUUCCGAUCAAAUUUAACAGAUAGAGGUUGGUAAGUAUUUGACGUAGACUAGAAGUGUUAAUUGUUAACAAACUUAAUGGACCAAAUCUGUUCAACACAUAUUUAAAAAACUGUUUUGAACCUAUCCUAUAACAUAAUACCAUUUUUGUCAUUUUCUCCUAAUUCGGAAAGCGCGCAAAGGCAAAUGAAAGCAAAGGAAAAUGGGACAAAAAUUUUCUUUUUGCUAAAAAUAUUUUCCCUCAAUGCCAAUGAAGUUCUCUCUUCAAUGGAUAAAAUUUUAUCUGACAAAAAAACAAAAGGCCAUAAAAAGUUAUUACGUCAAUUUCUUUUCUUUUUCCAUUUCCAAUAUUCCAAAUGAAGGGUGUAGCUUUUAUAUCAAAACGUUUCAUGGGAACUUCAAGUCAUGAUACGGCACACAC